AUGAUUAUUCUUCCAGCUCUUCAGAAGAGGAUUUCAAACCUUCUACAGUCAAAACUCGAGCUAAACAGAAUCGUGAUGAAGAGAAAAGCUAAAGAUGGCGAGUUGGAGGAUCGUCUACAAAGAAGAGCCCGAAUUGAGCGUCGGAUAGCGAAGGCUGAGGAUAAGCUUCAUUCCCGUGAUGAAGGUGUAGCUUCAGACUCUGAUGCUUCAGAGGAUGAAUCUAUGUGGGGACCACAGGAGCGUGAAAUCAAGCCGGACCGGUACACUAGAGAAAUUGAGAAGCUGACCCGAGAUGAUCCCGAGGCUGAGCGUGAUGAGGAAGCUGGCUGGGAUACCUAUGAAGAGGAUAUUCACCCAGACUUCGUCAACGACCCUGAUAGUGAUUCUGAUGAAGAGCGUGAAGAGGAUUCAGCAGAAGACGAUGAUGAUGAGCCUGAUGAUUCUGACAAAUCUAACGCCUCUGAUGAGUCUGACUGA